CUCGCAGAGAGGACAGCGAGCUAGGAGGCAAAUCGAUCAGGUCAGCCCCUUCCCCUCAUCAAGAACCAAAGAAGAAAGAGGAGGAGUGAGAAAAUGGCGGUAAAGAUUAGGCUGGCGAGGUACGGGUGCAAGCACAGGCCCUGCUAUCGAUUGGUGGCGGCCGAGAGCAGGACCCGGAGAGAUGGCAAGCACCUUGAAAUUGUUGGCCACUACUCCCCUCUCCCUGGAAAGGAUGGUGAAAAGCAACUGGGGCUGAAGUUUGACAGGGUGGAGUAUUGGUUAUCUGUGGGUGCACAACCAUCAGAGCCGGUGAAACGCAUCCUCAUCAGAGCAGGAAUCCUACCAGCUCCACCGAUGCCUGGUGUGGUUCACAAAGGCGAGUCCCACGACAACAAUGGAGCCCUUGACCUCGUGGCUGAGAGUUUCUGUGAUCCUGAGAGCAGCGCAUAAAGUUGAUGACCAACCAAAAGAGGAGGAGGAACAAAGAAGGCAAAGAGGGUGAAAAGGGCUGCUGAAACUUUCAAGGGUUUGUGCUGAAAUUGGGUAUUUAGGACUCCCAGUAAUGUAUGCUGUUUAAUGUGUUGAUGAAUGUUACCGUUCAGGAUUUGCUUAUGUUUGAAAUCAGCGGAUAAUUGAAGAAAAACUCAUAAACCAAAAAUUAAUUA